CCGCGGUGGCGUAGGGGGGAAUAUGGACGGCGGCGGUACGCCGUGUGUGUGUGCGCGUUGCCAACGGCGCGCAGUGUGUUUUUUAAUUUAACUAGUGCCGGACACGAUGGGCUGCAGACACGAUCCGACGAAGACAUGCUGUUUAAAGCCAGUCAUAAAAUAGGUCGAAAAUUUAAUACUAAAGUAUUGGUUUUGCUAUUGGUCUGUCUAGUCAUGGAAGUGGUUUCAAGAGCUAACGAUUUAAACUUCACGAAUGCCAUAUCCGUUACCACGUUACACAUGAAUUACUGUUUCGGCAAUGACGUUCCACCACCAGUUGAAUAUAUAAAAAACCAUGGAACGCAUAACACUAAUAUGCUCUCGAAAUUCCGUAAUCCUACCAAAGGCUUCAUCGCUAAUAGGAAUAGUGACAUAAAAAUACUAAAAAAAGUGCGAACGCAGCUGAAAAUCGCCAGAAAACAUUUUCGGAACAACCGAGAAAUAAUCGCCUGGCUUUAUAAAGACGUGAAGACUGUGAUGGGAACAGAUUACCAUUACGAUUGGCUGCCCUCUUACCCGCUGAACUGGUACAAGAACCAUGUCGAAAAACUUGACAAGGACACAAAGAUGUUUACGCUUUUGCCCGUGCUACGAGAUUCAUUAGUCAACUUUUCAGUCACGUUUGACCAAAUGCGACAGUUCGGUGAAAGAAAGUACAUGUCCAAUUACACAGUGAUAAAACGAAUUUUGGACGAUCUAUUCAAUCACCUUACCGCAGUGCUGUGUGAAGUGGAAACGGCGUUGCGAAGCGCGAGCACGUGGCACCAUGACUGGCGGGUACCGCACGGUGCAAAAGCCGUGAUCGUCGGAGGCGCCGGAUGGAACGCCAACCCUGACCACACGGCCAUGGUGAUCCAGGACUGGGGCGUGCUGAUCGUUUACUACAGGUUCCUUAAGGAAUGGCUGUUGAUCAGCCGGAAAAUGGUCCAGGACCAGACGGACGUGCGACCGGACCCAAUCUCGUCACCGUCGUCGUCGUCCUCGUCUACGCGGUCGCCGUGCACCAGGCACCACAAGUGCAGGUCGACGGGGCGCGGUCACGGUCCACCGCUCGGCAUCGUCACGUAGCAACGGCAGUGAUAGCGCAGUCAUAGCAGCGGUUAGUCGAAGUAUACACACGUAACCGUCCCGCGAUCUAUCACUCGUUACCGCAGCGACCGCGAUGUCGGUUUCGUGCGGAUUUCGGACGAGCGUCGCUUCCCUCGGUCCGAAUAGAUCCCGUGCAAUACGACUGCGGUACCUGCGCGACCAGAAUUCGACAGCUUUGAAUGCAAGGUGCGAAGAGGCGAAGGGUCAGUGAUAGAAAAAGAGGAUAAAUUAUUAAAAAUAAUUCGCCCCCCCCCCUAAUUCCGUGUAUCGUAUGUUUUAUUUUAUUUUUUCGAUACACAACCCGCACCACGUGUAUUCCAAAUCCGUGUAUCAGACGUACGUUAUUUUAUUACCAUUCAAAUAUUUAUACGAAUAGUUUUAAUAGAUAUAUACAAUUUUGAACAAUUCAUACAAUGUUAAACGCGAAUUGAGACUGAGUCUUUUUAUAUAUGUUCAUAUAUUUUAUAUUCUCGAUGCAAUACGAUUAUAAAUUUUAAGUUAGGGUAUAGUUAUAUUAUUACUAUUAUGUGUACGCGUAUAUGUGUUAGAAAAAUGUAAUAGAGACGGGUCGAAUUAUCUGCCGUGUAUAUAUAUAUAUUUUUUUUUGUUCUCUACCGAAUUUCACCGUCCUGAUCUUACGUCAUGAUAUUAUAUUAUAAGGUUAAGUUAUAUAUCUGCUACGAAUAGGUGUACACUAAUUUUAGUGUACCGUAUUCCUAUACGAUAACAUACGGAUGGUAUGCUGUGUUAAUUAAUUUAAAUAUUGUAUAGGGUCAAUGAUAACGACAUUAUAUUACACAAAGUCGAUUCGGUAUUAACAGCGACUUCAUUUUACUUAUGUAUAAUUGUGAUAAAUAAAAUAAUGAAAUACCUA